AUGUUCCAGCAAUCUGUUGGUGUUAUGGAAAGUUAUUUAAGAGAUUCAUUCAAUGCAACAGAUGAAGAAAUUACAUAUCUCAAUGAAUUAUUAAAUAUUCGAGUAAAAAAACGUGCAUCUAUGUCAAGUGAUAAACAUACGUAUGGUCUUCCGUCCGUAGUUAUUGAUGAUUUUCUCUAUCAUGGUGAUUUAGGUCAUGCAUCAAAUAUGAAAUUAUUAAGAGAAUUAAAUAUUCAACAUAUAAUCGAUGUAUGUGAUUGUCAAUUAGACCAAGAAAUCUUAGAAAAUUUUAAUGUUUUAUGGAUUAAUUUAAACGAUGAAUUUAAGGCAGAUAUAAAAAAAUAUUUUGAAGAAACAAAUAAAUUUUUAUAUGAUUGUAAACAAAAAAAUGAGAAAGUUUUAGUUAAUUGUCAAAUGGGUAUAUCACGUUCAUCAUCGGUUGUACUUGCUUAUUUAAUGAAAUAUCAUCAUGAUUCUUUGGGUAAAGCUUAUGAAUAUCUACUUGAACGACGUCGUGUUGCUGCACCCAAUUUAUCUUUCUUUUUACAAUUAAUUCGCUAUGAAAAAGAAUUACGUGCAACAAAAGAAAUUGACGAAAGUAAAAAUAAUGAUGACAAACAAAAUCCAAUUGAAAAACUUGAUUCAAAUCAAGAUACAAUUGCAGGCAAUGAAGAAAUGAAAAAUGAAAAAAUGGAACUUUAA